GCUUUUGGUCAGAGCAGUCAGGCACAAGAGUUCCCAAAUGUUAAAGUUGGAGGAUGCUUAGUGUGAAGUGAAGAGAAUGUAGCAGAAAGAGAGAGAGAGAGAGAAACGACUCAACGAGUCUUUGGGGUGGGAAGUGUUGGUUUUUGCCAUCAAGGGAAUCAAGGAAUCUGUUGCGGGAUUUGGGAAGAAGAAGAAGGUGAAAGUGCUGUUGGGUUUUCCUUGGGUUUCUUCUUUUGCAUGAGCUAAGGGACCAGCUUCUGGGAAACGGCAUUGAUUGAGAAUUGGACAUGAGUAUGCUGGUGGGGACAUGCUCGAGCCAAGGGAAGCUGAUAUACCUGCCCUUUUUCUGUUCUUGAUUGUAUUUCCUCUGGUUACCUACAUUUUACUUGGAAAAUGGAGUGAGGUCACAAAGAAGAAAAAGAGAGUAAGUUUGCUUGCUCAACUGGCUGCUGAAGAAGCUUUUAAAGCAGAAGCAAUGGCUACUGCCAGUGUUAUGCCUCUUGUGUCUUCUUCAAAGAGUGGAAAUCAUGAAUGCGCCAGAUGCUUUGGUCCAGCAACAACCCGCUGCUCCAGAUGCAAGUCUGUUAGAUAUUGGUAUGUCCUAUUCCUUGCCUUUUGGCUACUGUAACCUGUUUUAAUCAUUGUCUAUAUAUAAGAGUGUGUGUGUUUUAAAUAUGUUAUUUUUUGUCAAAUUUCUUAUACAUUGAUAAUGUUCUCUCUCUCUCUCUCUCUCUCUCUCUCAUUUUAAUUUUUAGGAUGAAGUGGGGUGUUGCAGUAAUGCAAGGAAGUGCAAUUUGAAACUCUGAAUAUAAUUCUAAUAUUUUGGACAAAAUUCAUCAAUUCGGAAUAGCAUGUUCAAUUAUAGAAGUCAAUUUCAUGAAGAUAUUAUGUGUACUUAGAUUUGAUUCUGAGUGAAAAUAUCAGUUCAUUCUUGAAAGGGGGUUUAUGUCAGUUGUCCAUUUCUAGUGAACUGUGCCUUUUAUCUGUCCACCACAUGGCAUCAGAUAAAUCUCCCUGUCUAAUGAAAAGGCAAUCCUUGACACAGCUUCGUACUGUGCUUCAAUUGAGUCUUAUGAAAUGUUUUGAGCAUGUACAGAUUUGCUUUUAGAAGAUCUAUUCUCUUUGGAAGCUUGUUUUGGUGAAAGAUUCCAUCAACUGAAUUAUCAAUUAGUGAAACGAGGAAUCUGUGCUAUUAAUUUAUUAGAGAUUUCUUUAGUAAUAACUAGGAAAAUAGUUCUUAAAUUUAAAUUUGGUUCACUCACCGGGGAGGAUCAAAUUACUCAAACCUGAUCCGGUCACAUUAAUAAAUCUCCUUUAAUAAUCACAAAACUCUAUAAGAUGGCUCUAUUUCAACAAGCCCCCCUCCAACUAGUGUGUGCAAAAGUCUGUUACCUACUCUCAGGUUUGAAUUCUUGAGAAUUCAAAAAUCAAUGGACCUUUCUGGUUUGACAAUAUAGACUUCGCCCUUAAGAGGCUGGCAGUUAACUACAUCUGGUCUCAUCAGAAUGACUACAUAUUGGCUUCAAUUAACAGUUCAUAUCUUUGUCAUACAGCUAUCACCUUCUUAAUUUCUCCUUUUUGUUUUUUCUUUCUACUUUGAGAGAGGGAGGCUCUUGCACUACUUUUGAUCCUCCUUUGUCAUUGAGGGAUGAUCUAGCUUACAUGGAGACAUGGUUAUGGGCUCCCUGAAAACAAUUGGAGGCUUCUAAGAAUUCAUCUUAGCUUGUAAUUAACAUAUUAUGACUCAUAUUCUAUUUCUAGAGCUCUUGUCAAAAAAAAAAAUUCUAUUUCUAGAGCUGCCCUCCAUAGGGAUCACUAACAUGGAGGAUAGGGUACGGUGGAAAGAGGCUAAGGAUGGUAUUUUUUCUGUUAAAUCCUUUUAUAGCGCUAUGGAGGGCAGCAGUACAGUCUCGUUUCUGAAAAACAUUAUUUGGAGCCCUUGUGCUCCUUCUAAGGUUGUUUUUUUUUGUUUGGGAAGCUUCAUGGGGUAAAGUUUUAACUUUGGAUCAACUAAAGAAGAGGGGCUGGUCACUGCAUUUCUUGUGCUGCUGAAGAGUCUAUUGAUCACCUUCUAAUUCAUUGCACCAAGGCCAAGGUUUUGUGGGAUUUGUUGUUUACCCUUUUUAGUGUGUCGUGGGUUCUUCCUUCGUCAGUUAAAGAGGUCCUUCUUGGGUGGCAUGGCUCGUUUGUGGGCUAGAAGCGAAGAAAGGUUUGGAGAGCAGCCCCCUUGUGUCAUUUUUGGAUGAUUUAGAAGGAAAGAAAUAGGAUUGCUUUUGAAAUGAGGAGUUUUCGAUUCAAAGGUUGAAAUAUUUUUUUGUUUGUAAUUUUUGGUCUUAGGCUAAGUAGUGUAUAGAUGAAGGGCCUAAUUCUUUAAUCAACUUUUUUGAUUGGUUGGGCUCUAGAUGAGGGUGGGUGAGUUUUUUGUACCCCUCUCUCUUUUGUUUUUUGCCUAUAGGCACUUGUUAUAUACUUCUUGUAUGUUUUGGGUUGGUCGUUGGGUGCCUUGUUCUUAUUAAUAUAUCCUUCUUCUAUGGCUUUGCCUGUCAAAAAAAAAAAAAAAAAGUUUAAAAUUGAAUCAAAGAGAUGGGGAACAACAUUAGAAAUAUCCUUUGAAGUCUUACAAGAGAAGCUCAAAGACUUGUUCCAAUGGCCAAGCCUUAAUUUAUGAUAGUGAUGAUGAUUUAAAUUCAUCUUGGGGCUUGCCAUAGUUGCUUUUUUAAAUUUCUAUUUUGGUUAGUGGUUGACUUUUUAUCAAGUUUCUAUCCAUUUUUAGUCUAAGAAAAUAGAAAAUUUUCUAUUUCAUGUGGGUCUAAAUAAUAUUCCUUUUCCAUAUCUUUUCCUAUUUUUGCAAAGAAAGAUAAGGAAUUAGGAAAAUUGUCUUAUUAAGGGUCAUAAGAGACGACUGCAUAUACCUAUGUAGUCUUUCAAAGUGAAAGAGGAGAAUUUUAAUGAAAGUUUCAGCAUCUAUUAUGCGUUCUUUGAGAGUGGGAUUGGCUUCUUCCCCAGUGUGAUUGCUUAGGUAACCUUAAGUGUGACUGUCAAGGUUUUUUUUAUUUUUAGCCAUUUCUAUUCUUUCCACUUUAUCCUAUAAUCCAAGUCAAUGAUAUAGGGCUGGAAAGUUUAAGAAAGAAUGCAGAAAAUAGCUUUUGAAGACUUACAAGGGGUAAGACUAGUUCCAAUGCCUAAGGCGUAAUUUGAGAUACUAAUGAUGAUUUAAGUUAAUCUGGGGACUUGCCAUAAUUGAUUUUAAGUUUUUAUUUUAGUUUGGUAAGUUUAUAUUUUAGUUAGCAAUUGACUUUUUGUCAGAUUUCUAUUUCUUUUAAUCUUCUUAUUAUAUAUAUAUUAGAAGAGUUUUUGUUUCUUUUAGUUUUUUGACAAUAUUCCUUGCCUAUAUCUUUUCCUGUUCUGACAAGGAAAGAUAAGGAAUUAAAAAGGUUUUCCUAUUAGGUAAGGUCAUAAGAGUCCAUACAUACCUAUGUAGCCUGUCAAAGUGGAAGAGGAGCAUUUUAAUAAAAUUUUCAGCAUCAAUUAUGCUUCCUUUAAGGAUGUGAUUGCCUUCUCCCUUAGUGGGAUUACUUAACAAACCGUAAGUGUGAUUGCCUAAAACACUGCCUAGCAACCUUAGUGUGGUUGCCUAGCAACCUUAGUGUGAUUAUCAAAAACAUUUUUUUUCACUGACAUUUUUUAAUUUUUUCAUCUCAUUCUAUAACCCAAGAAAAUUGUAUAGUGCUAGAAAUUUUAUGAUUUUGUGUCAUAAAGGUAGCAAAGAGUUGUGGAGUUAGAUUGAUGGUAAGAAAAUAGCAAACAAAAGCAAGAAUGUUGAAUGAGGAAAGGUAUACGCAGUGAGAAGGGUGAAAGAGGGGAUAACUUACCUAGUGGAAGUACAAUGUAGUCCUUGUGGCCUCUGUGAAAGUGAGAUGAAAUCUAUUGAUCAUAUCUUUCUUCAUUAUUGUAAGGCUAGGGAGUUAUGACACUUGCUAUUUUCUUUAUUUAGAGUUGCUUGGGUCCUUCCUUUUUCAGUUAGGGAGACCCUCUUAAGUUGGCAUGACAUUCUUUGUGGGAAGAAAGCAUAAGAAAAGUUUGGAGAGCCGUCUGGUUGCAUAUUUUUUGGACUUCGUGGAAAGAAUGAAACCAAAGAGCCUUUGAAAAUGUGGAGCAAUCGACUCAAUCAUUGAAGAGCUCCUUUGUUAAAAGUUUGUUGUUAUGGGUUAGGAUGUACAUGGUAGAAAAAUAUCAAUGCCUUUAAUCGAUUUUAUAGAUUGGAUGAGAUCUAGAUGAUAGAGGCAACACUUUUUUGUGUUUUCCCCUCUUCUGGGCUUUAUCCUUUGUUUUCCCUUUGUAUACAACCUGCCUGCCUUGGUAUAUAGCUCUUUCUAUUAAUAUGUAUCUUACCAUUGCUUAUAAAAAAAAAGCUUGUGAUCAUCAAUGGAAGCUAUCUAAAAGAAAGGUGAAAGGGGAAGGAAAAAAGAUUAAGGGGAAAAGAAAAGAAGGGGAAGACAAAGGCCAGUGGCCCAAUGUCUUCAAAAUAAUCUCCAAAACCCCUCUAACUAGGGUUGGAAUCACAACUUUUGUGGAGGAGAGGCUUGGAUUGCCUAGAUCUAGGGUUUGAUCUAAGUGCAUACUACGAAAAAGCAACACACCAAGUGCUUCUUGCUUUUAGAGGAAUGCACUUCCAUUUUAGGCUUUUAGAAUUAACUUAAGGGUCUGAAAUUGCAUGGCUGUUGCAUUGAGUAGACAAAUAUACCUGCUUGGGUUAUGAGACUGGUAGUUUCAUUGGAUUCUCUUGAGGGCCUAUACAUCAUUGAUUCAUUCUUUGUUCCUAUCUGGCAGUCUUGUUUGUCUACAAGUGUGAUCCUUCUGCAUCUUAUGUUAUCGAUGAUGAAUUUUUGCUUUGAUGGGUUUCCCUGAAAACUGGUAGGAGGUUUUUUUACAUACAUUUUGUUGGUAGACAUUUGAAGACGGCUCAAUUUAUUUUGCACUGGAAAACUUCUGAUGGAUUGUGCAUCUUAUAUUGUUGAGUUGUUCUUUAGGGAAGUUGUAUCUGUAUGGAGUUAGUGACCCUAGCUUGGGCUAUUUUUAGUCUAGUAGUUAUCAUCUCUAAUCUGAUGGAUAAACAGAAGUGGCCAAUCAUUGGUUGGGAUAUUUCUAGGGAUUUCCAGCUGGCAAUAGAUAUCAAAACUGAAGGUACCUGAUCUUGCCACAUGCUGAAUUUGUAAAUAUUUGAUUUAUUAGUAGGUCAAGCUGAAAUUCUCAUUUGGAACCAUCUAUUGCAAUAUCUUACCUUAGGAGUUGCAAUAAAAGAGGUGUAGUGAGAAGUAGCUGUGAGAUAAGCUUGCCAACUAAAGAAUGCAGUGUAUGAGCAAAGAAGAGAGCAAUCGUUGUUGCUAGGGUACUUGAAUAAGGUAUACUCUUGUUGAGAGACAUUUGGGGUUGGAUCUCAUGGCAAGUUUAGUUGGAGAAAGUUCACACUUUAUUGAAUUCUUGAGAAGUUAGCCUCAUUGAAUAUCUCCUAGGUUUUCAACAUUGCUUCAUUUUUCAAUUAAAAAAAAAAAUCUGCUUAUACUAGUGGAACUUAUUUAUCUUCCGCUGAGAUUGCAAAGCCCACAGAGGAUUAUAUUUGGGACAUUUGCCCGCAAAGACAUGCUGAGGAUCACAUUUUGAAUGUACCUAGGCUGAUGGAAGGUCAAGAACAGAUUGUAUGUGGAUUGAUGAGGGAGACUUGUGACAGUGAGCACCUUUUCCAACAGAUAUCAGUGGUUUACUUAACAGGCUUGACUUCUCACAUGGGGCAAUUUGAUUUAGCUUAGGAUUUUUACUUGGUCCACUUUCUAUUCUGGAUGAUUUCCUUUUAGGAACCCUUUCCAUGUAGUUACUACUUUGGAUUUUAUUUACAUUAAGUAAAGAUGUUAGUUUAUUAGUUCAAAUUACUUUAUGAAGGACACUAGGAAGAAAGGCCCUCAACAGGGCAGAGGGAUCCAAAGUUCAGUUGUCCAAUGAAUGUAAGACUUCUGAGUUGGAAUGUGAGGGGCGUGAAUGACAGGUCCAAGAGGAAAGUAAUCAAGUCAGUUAUCAGAAGCCAAAAGGUGGACCUGUUCUGUAUUCAAGAAACAAAGAUGCAAGUUAUGUCUGAAGAGGUGGUGAGGAGUCUAGGGCCGGGGAGAUAUCUUGAUUGGAAGGCUUUAAAUGCUAUGGGGACAGCAGGGGGUGUCUUGAUUUGCUGGGACAAAAGAUCUCUGGAAUUGCUGGGGGUGGAAGAGGGCCAAUUCUCCAUUUCCUGUAGAUUCAGGAAUGUGGGAGAUGGAGUAAUCUGGGUGUUCACAGGGGUUUAUGGUCCUUGUUCCAGAAAGGAUAGGGAGUGUCUAUGGGAGGAGUUCGGGGCAAUUAGAGGACUGUGGGAGGACCCAUGGUGUCUAGGAGGUGACUUUAACUCAACUCUAUACCAAGCUGAAAGGAGUAGAAAUGGGAGGAUCACUUCAGCUAUGAGGAGGUUUGCCCAGGUCAUAGAUGAGUUAGGGCUUAUUGAUAUUCCCUUGCAAGGGGGAUCCUUCACUUGGAGUGGGGGGCUCAAUAACCAAUCGUGGGCUAGGUUGGAUAGAUUCCUGGUGUCCCCCAAUUGGAUAGAUCAGUACAGUAGGGCUACUCAAAGAAGAUUGCCUCGCCCAAUCUCGGAUCAUUUUCCGAUUUUGCUUGAGGGAGGUGGCCUAAGGAGAGGUCCUUACCCCUUCAAAUUUGAAAACAUGUGGCUCAAAGCUGAGGGGUUCAAAGAGCUGAUAGAGGGGUGGUGGCAAGGGAUAGUGGUUAGAGGAAGGCCGAGCUACAGGUUAGCAGCUAAGAUGAGGGGUCUGAAACACAAUUUAAAGAUCUGGAAUAAGGAGGUUUUUGGAAGGUUAGAGAAAAACAAAGCUGAAGCCCUUCAGCAAGUGGAGCGAUGGGACGUAGUGGAAGAAGAGAGGGCUCUAUCAGAGGAAGAGUUAGGCCACAAAAAAACAACUAAGGAGAAUUAUUCAAAAUGGGUGUCGAUGGAAGAAGUGCAUUGGAGACAGCUAUCAAGGGAAAUAUGGCUUAGGGAAGGGGAUAGGAACACGGGAUUCUUUCACCGUAUGGCUAAUGCCCACAGGAGAGUCAAUAAUCUGAUCAAAAUUAAGAUUAAUGGGGUGAGGCUUACAGAAGAUCAAGAUGUGAGGGAUGGAAUAGUAAAUGCUUACCAGCAUCUUCUUUCGGAAAACUCGGAUUGGAAGGCGGAUAUAGGGGGUCUUGUGCUGAAGCAGAUCAGCCUAUCAGAAGCGGAUGCUCUUGAGCUCCCUUUCACUGAGGCUGAGAUCUAUGCUGCAUUAAUGGGGAUGAAUGGGGACAAGGCCCCGGGUCCGGAUGGUUUCACUGUAGCAUUUUGGCAAAAUUGUUGGGAGAUUGUCAAGGAGGAUGUCUUGGAUAUGUUCAAAGAAUUCUAUGAUCAGAAUUCUUUCAUCAAGAGCCUAAAUCAUACAUUUUUGGUCUUGAUUCCGAAGAAAGGGGGGGCAGAGGACUUGGGGGACUACAGGCCAAUCAGUUUGCUUGGGGGUCUUUAUAAAUUAUUGGCUAAGGUGCUGGCCAAUAGGCUCAAAAAAAUCAUAGAUAAGGUGAUUUCUCCUGACCAGAACGCCUUCAUAAAAGGGAGACAGAUUCUUGACGGUUCCCUAAUAGCAAAUGAGGUAAUAGACUCUUGGCAAAAAAGGGGAGAGAAAGGCCUAAUCUGUAAGUUGGACAUUGAGAAGGCGUUUGAUAAUAUCAAUUGGCAAUUUCUAUUAAAGGUUUUGCAUAAGAUGGGCUUCGGAUCAAAAUGGAUAGGAUGGAUGUGGAGCUGUAUUUCUACCAUCAAAUAUUCAAUGCUGGUGAAUGGAGUUCCAGCUGGUUUCUUUUCAAGUUCUAAAGGUCUCAGGCAAGGGGAUCCCCUAUCCCCCUACCUAUUUAUCAUGGGAAUGGAAGUCCUUAGUGCGUUAAUAUCGAGGGCCGUUGAAGGGGGGUUCAUUUAUGGCUGUAGGAUAUGGAAAGGAAGAGGGCAGCCCGUAAACAUAACUCAUCUCCUGUUUGCGGAUGAUACAAUUGUCUUUUGUGAGGCAAAGAAAGAGUCCCUGUUGUACUUGAGCUGGAUCCUAUUAUGGUUCGAGGCCGCCUCAGGUUUAAAAAUUAACUUGGAGAAAAGCAUGGUCAUUCCGGUAGGGGAGGUGGAAGGGGCGCUUGAUAUGGCUGCGGAAAUUGGGUGUAAGGUGGGACAACUGCCCACUGUUUAUUUGGGGCUGCCCCUUGGGGCGCCUAAUAGGGCCUCCUCCGUUUGGGAUGGGGUGGAGGAGAAAAUGAGGAGGAAGCUUGCUCUUUGGAAGCGUCAUUUUUUGUCCAAAGGAGGGAGAAUUACUCUCAUUAAGAGCACGCUGGCCAGCAUUCCUUUGUAUCAAAUGUCACUUUUCCGCAUGCCUAAAUCAGUGGCAAGAAGACUAGAAAAGCUUCAAAGGAAUUUUUUGUGGGGAGGAGCCAAUGGAGGGAAUAAGGCUCAUCUAAUCAAGUGGGAGGUUGUAUGUACGGAUAAAAAGAAGGGAGGGUUGGGGUUAAGAAAGUUAAUUUGGUUAAACAAAGCUCUCCUUGGCAAAUGGAUUUGGAGGUUCGCGCGGGCUAAGGAGGAGCUGUGGAAAAAAGUGCUUGAGGCUAAGUAUGGGAAAGAGGAGUUUGGGUGGAGAACAAAGAAGGCAAAUGGGGUGUUUGGGGUUGGUGUGUGGAAGGAAAUUCUGAAGGAGUCCACUUGGUGUUGGGAUAACAUGGUAUUCAAGGUGGGAAAAGGCAAUAAAGUAAGGUUUUGGAUUGAUCCUUGGUGUGGAAACAACGUGCUGUCCGAAGCUUUCCCGGACCUCUUCUCCAUGGCUGUCCAAAGAAACGCCACUGUGGAGGAUUAUUGGGAUCAGAAUCUGAGUCAAGGAGGGUGGAGCUUAAGACUAUUGAGAGACUUCAAUGAUUGGGAAUUGGGGUUGGUGGACAAUAUGUUAGUUGAGUUGAGGAACUAUAGAGUAUCUAUGGAGGAAGAUUCGGUUUUUUGGAGGGGAGGAGCGGACGGGCUGUUUAAAGUUAAGGAAGCUUAUAGGGUGUUGAUUAAUGCUGAUGAAGCGGCCUUCCCCCAUAGCAAUGUUUGGGUGGCCAAAGUUCCAACAAAAAUUAUUUUCUUUGCUUGGGAAGCUACUUGGGGGAAGGUUCUUACAUUGGAUAGAUUGCAGAGAAGAGGAUGGCAUCUUCCUAAUCGGUGCUUCUUGUGUGGAUGUGAAGAGGAAACUAUCAAUCAUAUUCUUAUUCAUUGUACGGUGGCAAAAGGUUUAUGGGAUAUUAUCCUUGCAUUGUGUGGUGUACAGUGGGUCUUUCCUAAUUCUGUAAAGGAGGUUCUUAGUAGUUGGAAAGGCUCUUUUGUGGGGAGAAAAAGAAAGAAAGUGUGGAAGUCCAUCCCGCUUUUCAUUUUUUGGACAAUUUGGAAGGAGAGGAAUAGGCUCGCCUUUAAAGGGGGUGUGUUAGCCUUUCAGAAAUUAAAGACUUCGUUUGUGUAUAAUUUUUGGGGUUGGGCUAAAGUGUACAUUGAUAUGGAGUCGAAUUCCCUUAUAGGUUUCUUGGAGUGGAUAGCUUCCAAGUAGGGGUUGGGUUCUUUUGUUUUUUUGGUUAAGGGUUUGUAGCCUUGUAUACUCCCUGUAUGCUCUUUGGCUUUUUGCCUUCGUUAAUAUAAUCGCUUACUUAUCAAAAAAAAAAAUUACUUUAUGAUGUGCACAAAGUGCAUGUUAUCAGCUAAAUAUUUAGAUCACCAGCAUGACUUCACUGCAAGGUUUUUCCUUUUCUGUCUCUGUGCCUAAUGAGAGAUGGUGUGACCUAUCCCAGCUCAAACCCCAGGCAGGGUAGAAAUCCAAUUACCAUCCCUAUCAGUACAUGGUGGGUAGGUCGAGUCAGGAUAUGGGUAAAAGAUCUGCACAAAUUGGGUGCCCUACAAGCUGUUUAUUUUGAAAGAAAAUAAAAUCUGUUGGUUUGGGGAAAAAAAUAAAGAAAAACAAGAAAGAAGAAAACUAAAAGGAAUACUAAGUGCCCGUUUAGAUUACACUUUCUAAUUUUUAUUUUUAAAAACAAAAAAUAGUAGUAAGUUGUAUAUAAAAUGUAAGAGAUCUUAUAUAAAAUGUAUGAAUUUAUCUUAUA